GGCUGGGUCUGGGACUAGUCCUGGAUCUGCAGCCAGGGGCCCCGUGCAGGGGGGCAGGCCGGGUCCAAAGGGCGCCUGGGCAAAGGUCAGCCCGGACGGCGGCAGGCUGGCUGGAGGGCCACAGGGGCACCAAAGAUGGCCCAGGACCCCGGCCGGAGGAGGAGGGUGGGCCUGCUGGGCUACGGGCGCCUUGGUCAGGCCCUGGCGGCCCGGCUGCUGGCAGAGGGGCCUCGGCAGGGCCUGGAGCUUGCCUUUGUCUGGAAUCGGGACCCCAGGAGGCUGCAGAGCGCUGUGCCCCCUGCCCUGCGGCUCUCUGAGCUCAGUGCCCUGGGGGAUAGGAGCCCAGACCUGGUGGUUGAGGUCGCUCAUCCCCAAGUCAUCCACGACUUUGGGGCUCAGAUCCUGAGCCACGCGGACCUCUUGGUGAGGCCUUGGGCAAGUCCUUUCCCCUGGGGCCUCCUGUUCCUCUCCCCCAGCUCUAGGGUUCUCUUUAAGCCCCCAGGAGAUCCGGCCCGCAGCCCCUCUGCCCCUGCUUACUAUCCAGUGCUGAGGCCCUGCUAG